AUGUUUACUCAGAAUGGUGCAGGCGAGCUCAAAGGACGAGGGGGAACAUUUCCAUGGAAGUUGUUACCUAGAGAACUAGCUCGUCAUGGCUACAUUCUCCAGCACUAUCCUGAAAAUGUCCUGAUGCCUGGUGAGAAAUGUGCCACUCUCAUCAGGAGCAAGGGGAUACACGACCUCUCACUUCAUGAGCGCCAAGUCUUUGCCAAUGCUCUCAAGAACAACUUGCUCACCAUCAAGACCAUCACAAGACAACGUGCCCUUGCGCAUCUCAUGGCCUCCCAUAGCCCCAUGAUUAUUGAGGAAGCACCUGCAUCUCACUCCAUGCACAAAUGUGGGCGACGCUAG